AUGACAUCACUUCCGGGUCAAGUGGGCAGUAACGUAGACAUAUCACUGCACGUCAAAUCAAUCUUCCUCUUUUUCAGAGGCCCCCCAGGAUCACAAGGGCCGAGAGGACCGAGAGGAUCCAAAGGAAAACUUGGUGCCCGUGGUCCUCCUGGACUGGAUGGGGAGCCUGGUAUACCUGGACAGCCCGGUGAUCCUGGACCUCCUGGACAACCAUCGACAGGCCCCGAUGGAAUGACCAGACCCUUCACGUCUCAGAUGGCAGGACUGGAUGAGAAAGCGGGGCUUGCCGGUCAAAUGGGAUUCAUGCCUGGCGCCACGGGUCCCGUAGGGCCAAGAGGGCCUCCAGGUUCGCAGGGACAACCGGGUUCUACUGGCCCACCAGGCUCUCCAGGUGAACAUGGGGACCCGGGACCAAUGGGACCUACUGGUGCUCGCGGCCCAGAAGGCCCUCCAGGAAAACCUGGUGAAGAUGGUGAAUCGGGCCGACCAGGACAGGCUGGAGAAGUUGGGUUUCCAGGUUCCCCGGGUGCCCGAGGUUUCCCUGGGGCUCCAGGUCAGCCAGGUUUAAAGGGCCACAGGGGCCAUAAAGGGCUUGAAGGCCCUAAAGGUGAAAUUGGAGCCACUGGAUCGAAGGGUGAACCUGGCGCGUCAGGUCAGAUGGGACAAAAUGGACCUUUGGGUCCUCGUGGGAUGCCAGGAGAAAGAGGACGACUUGGACCACAAGGGACUCCAGGAGCUCGUGGGCCACACGGUAUGCCAGGAAAGCCAGGGCCAUCUGGUCCACUUGGUAUAGCUGGUUCAUCAGGUUUUCCAGGGAUUCCGGGCAUGAAGGGUGAAGCUGGCCCAACAGGGGCACGCGGUCCAGAAGGCCCUCAGGGACAAAGAGGAGAAACAGGUCUACCGGGUCCAGCGGGGUCACCUGGCCUUCCUGGUACUCUUGGUACAGAUGGUUCCACGGGCACAAAAGGACCAUCGGGAUCUCCAGGAACUUCAGGACCACCCGGCUCCCCAGGUCCACCGGGCUCCCACGGACCCCAAGGCAGCACGGGCCCUCCUGGCAUUCGAGGACAAAUGGGAGACCCUGGAGUUCCUGGUUUCAAAGGAGAAGCGGGCCCCAAAGGAGAACCUGGUCCACAUGGCCCUCAGGGUCCAAUUGGACCUGUGGGUGAAGAAGGGAAAAGAGGUCCCCGUGGAGAUCCAGGAGCGGUUGGUCCUCUGGGACCGGUGGGAGAAAGGGGUCCUCCUGGGAAUCGGGGCUUUCCAGGUUCUGAUGGCUUGCCAGGACCCAAGGGGCCCCCUGGCCCCCCUGCCUCAGAGUAA